AUGGCUCUCCCGCCGCGCCGCGCCGGCGUGCUCCUCCUCGUUGCCCUCGCGCUCGCGGCGAUCGUCUUCAGCUCCGCCGACGCGGCCCGAGUUCCAAAGGCCCUUGAGGUCCAGGAAGCCUCGGCGGCUGACGGACGACAGGCACAAGCUCCCACAGGCAGCGACGACGACGCCAUGCCGGUCGAGCAUGUCGUCGUGGUCGACAAGCGCGGCGGUGGUCAUGGCGGCGGCGAAGGAGGCGGUGGUCAUGGCGACGCAGGAGAAGGCGGCGGUCAUGGCGGCGAAGAAGGUGAAGGAUCAAGAGGCUUUGGAGGCGUCGGGUACCACGGGUACGGGAGUGGCCGGGGCCCCAAUUCGGCGUCCAGUGGCCGCGUCGAUGGCGUCUGGAAGGUGGGCGUCGCCGCCUCGGUUCUGGGCGCCGCUGCCUGGCUGCUGUAG